ACUAUAUACAACAGACCACUCGAGAGUCGAGGCGCUCGAGGCGGCUAUAGGCUAGUCUUCGUCGUUCCGCCGCUGCAACAUCGCAGCAGUGUCAACAUGGCGUCGACGGAGCAGGUCGGCCUCAACAAGACCUGGGAACUGUCCCUGUACGAGCUACACCGGACGCCCCAGGAUGCCAUCACCGACAACACCGAGAUUGCGGUCAGUCCCCGGAGUCUGCACUCCGAGCUCAUGUGUCCUAUCUGUCUGGAUAUGCUCAAGAAGACCAUGACCACCAAGGAGUGCCUGCACCGCUUCUGCUCGGACUGUAUCAUUACCGCCCUCAGGAGCGGCAACAAGGAAUGCCCAACGUGCAGAAAGAAGCUUGUGUCAAAACGUUCUCUCAGGCCGGAUCCAAAUUUUGACCUGUUAAUUUCCAAAAUCUAUCCGAGCAGAGAUGAAUACGAAGCACAUCAGGAGCGUGUCUUGGCUAAGCUUAAUAAUUCACACUCGCAAGCAGCUCUUGUCAACUCCAUCACAGAGGGAAUCAAGCUGCAAAGUCAGAACAGGCCACAGCGUUCCAGAAAGAAUGCCAACGAGCCCGAAAAUACCAACAACACAGCAUCCUAUAAUAAUACACCCAAUGUGAGUGCACCGACCACGCCAAAUCCUGCUGUGAUAGCAGCCAACCAGAGCGACUCCUCUCAAGGUGCAAUCGGUCAGUCAAGCAAUGGAGGAAGCCGGGAAAACCACUCUACGACUUCUAAUGGUGUACCUCAGCCUUCAAUCAGUCCUGCAGUGUCUGGUACAACCUCCAGAAACUCAACAACGCCUUCCCCAGUACCGUCAAAUCCAAAACCAGCAAAAAGACAAAAAAGCCUACAGAAUUCAGAGAAUGAUUCCUCUAGUGCGGAAGCUGAAACUGGUGGCAAUGAUUCCAUGGUCGAUACUGAGGGGGAAGGAUCUAGUGAACCUCUGAUGCUGAAUGAAAUAGAAUUAGUGUUUAAACCACAUCCCACAGAAAUGGCAGGUGAUAAUUCUCUCAUUAAGGCGCUAAAGGAAAACAGCAUUAGAUAUAUCAAAACAACAGCGAAUGCUACAGUGGACCAUUUGAGUAAAUAUCUGGCGAUGAGACUGACAUUGGACUUAGAUACGGAGCUUCUCUCAGAAUCCGACAGAUUACUGAACUUUUGUAUUUACAUUGCACCAACCACGGGACAGUUAGUGGUUCUAAGCGGCUCGCAGACGCUUCGCCAGGUGAAAGACAAAUUUUGGCGAGUUAAUCGACCAUUAGAAAUGUACUACUCAUGGAAGAAAACCUAGGGAAGGGUUCGUAAGCCUCAGGUGGAUAGCGGUUAGACGCGUUUCACAAAAUUUUUCAGCGGUCGAAACUCCAGUAGCAGCAGAUUUUAUCUCACAGUAAUGCUGUGGAAAACUAAAGAUUUAUUUGAUUUCACGCGCAGGCUGAAACUAUUCGUCUUAUUAUUCAAGUGCUCGGAAAUUUGAAUCCUUUAAUCAAUUUUGGUAUUUAUUGAGAUACCAAUACUACACUUAGAGCCCAAGCUGCAUGAAACGUUGGAAAGUAUAUUCGAAUAAUUUAAACGCAAAACAGUAUUGAUCUAUUCUUGUGUACAUCGUAGCACUUGAAUAAUUAAACGUCAAUAGUUGCAUAGUCUCAGCCUCGCUAUAUUCAUUUUCUAUUCACUAAUGAAUGUGUGUGCGUGUAUAUGUUUACUGUGCAUAUGUCAAUAUGUUGAAAAAUGAUUUAGGGUCUUCGACUAGCUGUCAGUGUAAAUGGACUCUAAACGAGCGUGACUUUAAGUCAAAGUCAGACUUCGACAUACGAAUGAAUUUUUUUGAAGUUGACAAAGUAUCAUAUUGUAAAUAGCAAAUCACGGAAAAUUCUGCUUUAUGCAUUUUAUCUGAGAAUCAAUUUUUUCGCAAAAUCUUUUUGAAACAGCAUUGCAAUCGUCAAAUGUAGCGACACUUUUUGACAAGCGUAUUUUCUUAAUUUAGAUGGACUGUAAGCGUAAAAAUGAUUUGAAUAGAUCAAUUUUUGAAAAACAGAA